AUGGAGCGACAAAAGGUAUCUGUGAUAGUGUUGCUGCUGAUGCUAGGGUCGCUAGCACUCCACGCAGCGGGACAGGAAGUAUGUCCGGAACCGUGUAGCUGCGACUGUGAGGAAAGCAUGGCGUGUGUCGAUUGUUCCGGGCGUGGCCUUACCGAGCUUCCCGUUUUUGCGGACAUUAAUAUCGAAAUUCUUGACCUUUCCGACAACCUGUUCACAACGAUCCCACCCGAGCUGGGUCAAUUUCCAAGGCUACACUAUCUGGACCUGUCGGCGAAUGCAAUCACACGCCUCCCGGAGGAUGCGCUCACCGGCAUGAGUUCGCUGUCCAUAUUGAUCCUCUCCGAAAAUAACAUUUCCAACUGGGCCGACAUUCAUCCGAAUCGCUUGCUGCUCCCAGCGGGAAAUCUGAAAGAGUUACGCCUGGCGAAGAAUCACUUCACAAGCUUCUCCAGCAACGAUGAUAACCUGGUCCUGACGAGCCUUUCGUUGCGUUAUCUCGAUCUGAGCGAGUGCAAAAUUUCAAAAGUUUCCGGCAACGAAGUUAUACAAGGGUUGCGCAGCCUGGAGCAUCUGAAACUAUCCGGCAACCCUAUCAUGUCCGUCUCGGACAUGCAAUCCACCACACUGAAACGGCUCGAGCUUAACAGCUGCAAACUUUCGGCACUGCAACCUACAAUCUUUACCGGACUGACCGCGCUUAAAGAGGUUAAUCUGGCACGGAACCAUCGGCUAUCGCUCGUGCUGCCCCACGAGGAAACGUCCGUCCAGUCGGUGACGUUACGCAAAAUUAACCUCUCGCACUGCAACAUGGACUCACUCGAUCUGCAUGGCUUCCCGAACCUCAUGACGGCGAUCGUACGUGGUAAUAUGGUCCGACAGCUCGAUCGUGACUUGUUUUCCGAUACGGCACUGUUGGAACAUUUGGAUCUUUCAUCCAACGCCAUCAGCAGCAUCCAUCCGGAAGCGUUCCGUGUGCUAAAGCACCUCAAAACGCUUGAUCUUUCCUUCAACAUGAUAUCGCGCAUCGAUGGAAAACUGUUCAAAACGAACGAUCUUCUGACGCACAUCAACCUUAGCCGGAACUACAUUAGCCGCUUUAGCCGCGUGUCGGCCGAUUCGCUCGUGUACCUCAACAUGAGCUGGUGCGAAAUUCUUACGAUCGACUGGGACGCACUCGCGUCGAUGGGUGAGCUUAUUGAGCUGGAUCUUUCCAACAAUCUUAUAUCCGACAUACCGGACACACUGUCUUCGGGAACGCUGCAAACGCUCGAUCUCAGCAUGUGCCGGCUGUCAUCGAUGCGGAACACAACGUUGGUCGGUCUGCCGGAGCUGGUGAGAAUCAAUCUUUCCGGCAAUCGAUUUACCACCCCGUUUCGGGUGGACUUUUUCGACAAGAAUCCGUACCUAAGCGAAAUCUGGCUCGGUGACAAUCCAUGGCGUUGCGACUGUCGCAGUGAUGAGUUCUUUCAGUUUUUUCAAUUUCUUACUGAUCCACCGGGAAGGAUUGGAGAUCGAAAGAACCUGCAGUGCAACACACCGGAGGACUUUUUCGGUGCAUCGUGGGAAGGUGCCUGUCGGUCCGUUUGGUAUCCGUACGAAACAAUCGGCAACGCGGAACGUAUCUGGACCUGGUUGAUGGUGGGUGUGCUGUCCUUUUUCGGCUUCUUUUGUCUGAUUUCAUCGAUCAAGAAAUUCAUCUCCUCUCGCAAGAAAAUAGCCGCGGAACGGGAGCGGGAACAAAAUCUGCAAGAAUUGCGUGAGAUUGCUCGCGACAAUCGUGUGCGACUUCAGCAGGACGCACCUCAAAAUGCUCCGGACGCACGAGAAUCAAGACCUCCUUGUUACGAGGAUGCCUUACUGCUUCCCAAGCUAGAUGCAGCUUCGUUCGCCUCACUCGAUGAACUGAUGUUGCGUGGCAAGCGUCGCAAACGGCGCCGUAAUCGUCGUGCAUCCGGUUCCGAGGCUAAGGAUGACGACGAUAUCGAUGAGGAAGAGCGCAUCCAAACACGUCAGCGAACUAGAACUCGCAGUGAAGAUGUCCUUUCACGGAGACUGGAAGAUACAUCCUCACUCGAGCCAGCGCCUGAUCGGCCACCCGUGCGAUCCAUCUACGAACGGCCCACAUCAAACCGUGUCGUGUCACAAACGGAAGCUCUGGUCCACAUCUCUACACCAGCCGUCACACAGGAACAGCGUGAUCGCGAGGAGGACGAAGAACUGCACUACCAUUCGAUCGAUAUUCUAAGCCUGCACCAUCAACCGUCAUCCGCCAGUGAACGUUCUGCACCACCGCCUCCUCCACGGCUCAGUUCCACCAUAACCAUGCCAAGCGAACCAAUCGAAACCUUCACCGGCAUUAGCCACAGUCCGUACGCCAAGCGCAAAGUAAAACCUCUCCAACAUCUUAACCCGAACGGAAGCAUUGAAGAGAUCACCGAUUUUGCCGAUCGACACUCGAGUCCGUACGCGAAACGACGUGGCCCGCUAAUGUCCAGCUUUCGGGACCCAUCGCGAAAACUUCCACCCCUACCGGACGGCCCACCGCCUCCCGUACCGCAGGCGGGAUAUGGUCGUUCGUCCGAAAUCACACUAGUCGAAAACUAUUUCCAACCAACGGAUCAAAAUCGUAUCAUCGAUGAGCUGGAUGAUUAUGCCGUCAUUCCGAUACAAAUUAAUGCUGGUUCUCUUGAGAGUGAACCACAACCAUCUACCUCCGGUAGCACUAAAGCGGUCGUGUUGGCGAUGGACGAUCGAGAUGGACCGUUAAAUGCGAGUGAUUCUAGUGAAACCAGCAGUAUAGAAAUUAUUGCACCUUUGGUGCUGAAAAAAUAGAAC